AACCACGGAUACAUUGUUAAAGAUUAAUGACUACUUCAGGGAUUAUCAUGCACGCCUUACCCUUCAUCGUUAUAUCCCUUCUGUGCAUUGCUAGUGUCACACAAGCAUUUUCCUGCUGUACCAAAUAUACAAAACAGUCCAUACCUUCGAAGUACAUCAUAUCCUUUUAUGAUCAGAAAUCCACUGAGGUCUGCGAUAUUGACGCUGUUGUUUUUAGGGUAAUUCCUAAACCAUGUAAAUAUCUGGAAAAAGUUGAAAAUAUCUGCGCAGAUCCCGAGCAGGACUGGGUUAAGAACCACGUGAAAGCUUUGAAGAAUUCCACAAAUAAAUCAAUAAAGAAGAAAAUUCAGAGGAUGAAGAACAAAUGUGGACGGCGCACAAAAAAGCAAAGAAAAAUGUCUAAUAAUUAGACAUUACGCCUGAAAAUAUGCUGUUUCUUUAAGCCAUAUUGCUUAUGGCAAACUCUUCAUCCAGUUGGAUUUUAUUUUCUUUAUUUCUGUUUACCUUUCAAGCUUGCAACAAACGCAGAAGCAGAAAAAUAAAAGGCAAAAAAUAAAGGCAAAUAAAUAUCCCCACCAUCCACUGUCAGACUCACUUAUUGUCAAGAGACAGUCAAAGGCCAGCCCGUCACCAUCACCUGUCAUAACCAAUCUUUUCAGAAAAUCAGUAAGAAUAUGUCAUUUGCUGGAAUCACUGACUAUUUCUGGAUAACAACAAUUCCCUAACCAUCAGUUUUCUAAAUUGCAGAGAACUAUCUUUUAACAGAAACUGGCUGUUGUCUGUUAUUAUACACCAAGAACGAUGUUAUAAACAUUUACCUCUUAUGUAGUAAGAGAGUUUAUUGACAUAAAUCUUCGCUUGCAACUGCUACAUAGGCCACGUUCAAAAGGGACAUUUUGAAGCUACCAUUCUGGCGCACUGACCAUUUUGCACCAAACAGUAAUGACACACGAUGGAUAGUGUAUUCAUUUUGUCAAUUGUGCUCUGAGACA